UGGUACACUUUCAAAAGUACCCAUCUUCCAUUUACACAAACUCCGCCUAUCGGCUUCCUGUUGCAGGCACAAAGCGUGCAAUUGCUAGUUUUAAUCUAUGAUGUGCAUUCGCUAUACUUGCUUGGAAGGAGAAAGGUAUCAUCAUGAUAAGAUCGUCGCACAAUAAAUGAUUUUCUCUUCAACAACUCUUUUUAAAUGUGUUCUAGUUUGCUAGGGUUUUGUGCAAAUUGCCAAUUCUCUCUCUGAGGGCAAGGUAUGUCACUUCCAUGGUUUUCGGUGAUUUUUUUCCUAUAGCUGGAAACUAUAUCAGAAUAUCUCUGAGUAGCUUGCAAAUUGAGUUAAGAGAGGGAGUCACUACCAUUUAAUCGGGUGUAUAAAAUGGCAAAUUCGUGGGGCAGUGAGGUUGGAUGUAAAUGGGACGACGGUAAAUAUUAUAAAAUCAAAAGUAUCACAGUUUACUAUGGAGAUAUUCUCCAUGGCUUUGAAGUUGACUAUAUUCAGCGUGAUGCUAGAAAUAAAGUUACGAAUAUCCAAAUUCUUCACGGAAAAAAAACUGGCCAGAACUCAAAGAUUUUUUUGGGAAGUGGAUAUGCUCCGGUAAGUGGAAGUUCUGUAAGCGUACUUGCUGAAAGAGACUUGAAGAAAGUUGAAGGAUACAUGAGCCAUUUCCAUGGUCAUAAGAUAAUUACGUCUUUGACAUUCAUUACCAAUGACGGCCAAAGACAUGGUCCAUAUGGCUCUGAAAUUGGAGUAGAGACUUUUAAUUCAGCUGCUAAUAAAAAGAUCGUUGGAUUCCAUGGGUAUGAUGGCACAUAUCUGAAUAAACUGGGCGUUCAUUACCAGUGACGGCCAAAGACAUGGUCCAUAGUUGCUAAUAAAAAGACGUGACGGAAGCCCCUUUUCAUACUUUCAUAUUAUUAAAAAAUUUAUUUAAAUAAAAUUAAUAGAUUUGUUUUUUAA